UCCAAACUUUAUGAUUUCCAAAUUUUCCACACACAUACACAAACAGACAACAAAAUACUGUAAGAUUUUCUCCUAAAAAGCGAACUGGUUGUGUCAAAUGUCAAAUCACUCCCCAACUCCAAUACAACAGGAAUCAAAACAACAAGAUAUCAAAACCCCUUUAACUAAUCAUACCCAAAUCUUCCCAAAUGAACAAAUUAUACAAUGCAUAAAUGAUCCAUUAUCAGUCCCUCUUCAUCCAGCUGAACAAAAUCAAGAAAACCAUGAGACGCAGCUUGAUCAAAGCUUAAAAAGGCUGCUUUUUUAUUUAAAUUUGUUGGGGUUUGAUCAAUCUUCAUAUUUGAGGUUUGGGAUUUGUUGGUUAACUUUUUUGGUAAUUGGGGUUUUGAUUCCUGUUGUUAUACUUUUAGUGACAGCCAACUGUUUGAGGUGUGAUGUUUAUCAAAUAAAAGGUUUUGAGCUUGUUAUUGUUGCUUCUCAUGCUUGUUUGGCUGCUGUUGCUUUGCUUUGUCUUUCACAUAAUUUGAGAAAAUAUGGGAUUAGGAAGUUUUUGUUUGUUGAUCAGUAUAAUGGCCAUGUUGAAAGGUUCUCAAAGGAGUAUAUUCAGAAGAUUUCUGAAUCUAUGCGUUUGUUAGUUUUAUGGGUUCUUCCAUGUCUUAGCUUGAAGAUUGCACGUGAAUUCAUUCGUCUUAUGUACAUGCACCAUGAGUCAUGGUGGAAGUCUUUUAGUAUUCUCAUUGCUUUGACUUUCUCAUGGGCUUACGUGAACUUUAUCUAUUUAUCAUCAUGCCUCGUGUUCCAUUUGGUCUGUAACUUGCAAAUUAUCCACUUCGAUGAUUAUGGGAGACUCUUGGAAACAGAAACGGAUGUUCUGGUAUUCAUAGAGGAGCAUGCCCGUUUAAGGCAUGAUCUGUCAAAGAUAAGCCAUAGGUUCCGGAUUUAUCUCCUCCUUGUGUUCGCGGUUGUCACAUCUAGCCAAUUUGCAAUGUUAUUCCAAAUCACAGAAAACAGUAACAAAGUAACUUUCAUAAAUGGAGGUGAUUUUGCGGUGUCGUCUAUAUCACAGGUUGUGGGAGUGAUUUUGUGUUUGAAUGCUGCUGCUAAGAUUUCCCACCGGGCUCAAGGCGUUGCAGCACUAGCAGCUAGAUGGCAUGCUUUGGCAUCAUGUGGUCCAGAUGAGAGGUCUCAUAUGAGACUUAACAAUGGAGCGAUAACUGCCGUGUCUUCGGAAAGUGAUUUGGAGGCAAUGAAUUAUAUCCCACUCCCUACAAACAUGCAACUGUCUUCUUCUUUGUCUUCAUACCAUAGAAGACAAGCAUUUGUGAUGUAUCUGCAGAACAAUCCUGGAGGGAUUACUUUGUAUGGUUGGACAGUGGACCGUAGUCUUAUAAACACAAUCUUCUUUAUCCAGCUGUCUUUGGUUCUCUUUGUGCUGGGCAGGACAACGGUAUUUACAUAUGAACGUUCGCCAUGAUGUUUAUCUUUUUUUAUAAACGUUUCACAAAACUUUUUAAGCGAUCUAAUCGGCCGGAUGGCUAAAUGUGAAUUCAUUUGGUCAUAUCGUGUGCUCGAAUUGUAAAAUGUAAGUUAAUGAUGAAAUACGUAGGCUAGGGCUAUAGCUUCACAGGUAUAAGUCUGACUUAUUUAGGUUUGUUUUGUUGUUGAACCUGAGCUGCGGUAACAAACAAGCUAAAAAUCUUUAUAUUAUUUACGAGCUGGCUUUCUAGCUUGUAUUGUUUUAUUUUAA